CACGUAUUACUCCACCAACCUGAGGGUCAACCGGGAAAAUGGGACCCUGACCAGACAUGGUGAAUGGCACAGAUCAUUUUGGCCACCUGCUGCUGCCCAAGGACCCCAAGACCUUCAUGCUUGCUUUUUUCCCAGAAGACAAGCAGAACAUGGGGCUGGCUUUCUUUGCUGACAAGCCAGAGGUGACCCCAGAGCAAAUGGAACAGUUCUAUGACUACCUCACGUGCAUGGGCAUGGACAAGUCCGAAGUUCUGUACGGCGACGAGAAAAAGAAUCCGUGCCUGCCGCUGGAGAAGCAGCACGAAGAGGAAAGGAGGAAGGAAAAAGAGAAGUCUGAGACAGGCUCAGCGUUGGAUUAGGACCUCGGGGACUUGGGAGGCCCAUCCUGAGACACCCCCACCCUCCCUUUGUGCCUCAGUUCUUUCCCUCAGUUGCACCAAUAAAGUUACUACAUUUGGAAUAGGCAGGUU